AUGGCAGCCCAACCGAAAGUCGCGAAAGUUGAAGGAAAAAAUAAAAAAGAUGCCUCGUUCGAAACUGCUGAUAAAGAACAGCAAGAGGCCAUAGAAAAGAUCGAUGAGGUACAGAAUGAGAUAGACAGAUUGAAUGAGCAAGCCAGUGAUGAGAUCCUCAAAGUCGAACAGAAGUACAACAAACUUCGUCAGCCCUUUUUUCAGAAGAGGUCGGAGAUGAUUGCCAAAAUCCCAAACUUCUGGGUCACAGCCUUUGUCAACCACCCACAAGUUUCUGCUCUUCUUAAUGACGAGGAUGAAGAAGUUUUCCAUUUUUUAACCAAAGUUGAAGUACAAGAGUUUGAUGACAUAAAGUCUGGUUACAAAAUAACUUUUCACUUCAAAGAAAAUGAAUUUUUCAAAAAUCAGACCAUCAGCAAAGAAUUUCACCUGAAUGAAACCGGUGAACCAUCGUCGAUAUCGACACCAAUUAAUUGGAAGAAUGGAAAAGACUUAGUAAAAAAGUAUGCUGCCAAGGGUGGUUCUGGAGAUCGCAAACGAAAUCACGAAGAUCAGCAACCAGAAUCAUUUUUCAGUUGGUUCUCAGACAACAGUGAUGCGGGUGUUGAUGAAUUGGGAGAAGUUAUCAAGGAUGAUAUCUGGCCUAAUCCUUUACAAUAUUAUCUGGCUUCAGAAAUGGAUGAAGACCAUAGUGGCGAGGAAGGUGACGAUGGCGUCGACGACGAUGAAGAUGGUGACGGUGUCGAUGAGGAUGAUGAUGAAGAAGAUAGUUAA